AUGCCUCCCUUGUUCUUCAUUGUUGUCCUUCUUCUGAGGGUGCUCGUUGCUCGUGCUUCCAAAGCUUGCCCCCAGCCGUGCUUCUGCUAUGAAUCCUCCAGUUUUGUGGACUGCCACAGCCGACAACUGGCCCAUAUCCCACUUGGCAUCCCUCACAACACUUGGAUGCUGGACCUGAGGAAUAACAACCUGAGCAGGCUGGAAGGAAGUGGCUUCGAUGCCUUGUGGUCUAUGAAGAUUCUCCUCUUGUCCCACAAUGCCAUUGCCAAGAUCCGGCCCAGAGCUUUCAGGUCCCUCAGCUUCCUGGAGAAGAUGGAUCUCAGCCACAACCUCCUUGUCCGCCUGCCACGUGACUUCUCGGUUGACUUGACUUCCCUGAAAGAUCUCAAACUGGCACACAACUACUUGGUAGCCUUGGGUUUCGAAAGCCUGCAAUACCUGGAGAACUUGGAAAAGCUAGACUUGAGCCACAACUGGGUGGCUUCUAUUGAGAGAGGAACAUUCCGGGGCCUGUCCAGACUCCGACACCUCUACCUUCGGUCUAACAGGCUUGUGAUUGUCCACAAUGGCUUCUUCUUCAUGCUUCAGAACCUGGAAGUCCUGUCGCUUAGUAACAACAACAUCAGCUCCAUUGAGGUAGAGGCCUUCACCUCACUGCACAACAUGAAUCUUCUGGCACUGACCGGCAACCAGCUCAUUCACCUUAAAUUUAAGACCUUCCUGAACAUCCAGACCAUCAGUACCCACAUCCAGCUCUCUGGCAACAGGUGGUCCUGCGACUGUGACCUCCAACGGGUCUUUGGUAAGAUCAUGAGUGUGCGACACCUCCACGUGGAUGACUAUGAGAACAUCACCUGCUCCAGUCCCUGGCAGCUAGCUGGCUCGCCGCUGAUGUCCGUGGACAGCCAGUUGUGUGUGGCAGAGACAGCCACUGUCUUGGUUAUCACUGUCACCGUCUUGGUGACGGUCAUCGCUGCCAUUGUCAUGGCAGAGAGGAACAGGAAGAAGAACCAAGAGAAGAACUGGAACGAAUCGGAAGGUCCCUUUGACUCGCAGGAGAAAUGA